CAUAAAGAGUGCGCAAGUUUUAUCAUUUAUCGUCCGCUGGAGAAACAUUAACAUUUCGGAGUAAAACUUUGUUUUCCCGAAUAUUUUGUUAAUAAUUUUGUAAAAAUGGAUCAAAAAAGUCCUGUUGAACGUGUAGCUGAUUUUUUACACUACUGUUUUGAUAGACCUGUUACAAUUUUUCGAGAAAAAAUCGUUGAACCGAAUCAACAAAAAUAUCCUUGGUAUCAUCAGAAAUUUCGACGAGUUCCUACAGUCGAUCAAUGUUAUACAGAUGAUCGUCUUUGUAUUUUUGAAGCUGAUGAACAAUUUAAAAGAGAUAGAAUUGUUGACGGUGAAAUAUGUGACAUUUUGAAGCAACGUUACGAAGAUUGUGUCGUUUAUCAAGGCGAAGCAGACCAAAAAAGAUGUCAACCACUUUUGGAUGCCUAUGAGUACGCAGCUGGAGCUUGGUUUUCAAAAUAUGGAGAUGUUGGUGUGUUGCCCAAUUCAAGAAAUGCAUUAAUGAAACAAAAACAUCGUAUGGUAUGGGAACGUAGACACGGUAAAAUUGGUGUUACACCAAGAGAAUCUGGACCAUAUCCUUAUCGUUGGGCCGAAUUUGAUCCUAAUAUGAAUCGUGGCAAGAGAGUUCCCGACAGCAUUCAACCUACACCUCAAGAUAAAUGAAAAGUAACAUGUUAUGUAUAUUAUUGAUUUAGUAAUUAUAGGCUUAUUGAAAAAAAUUGUUUGUCUGCAAUAAAGGGCGAUUGUUAUUUAA